AUGUCCACCUGGAGCGGCACCGAGUACGCCGGGCCCGAGAAGAACGAGUGGUUCGAGGGUGAGGGCAGGUUCAAGUUCCCGAACGGCGUGGUCUACGAGGGGGAGUUCCGCAAGGGCGAGUUCCACGGCGAGGGUGCGCUGGUGUAUCCGAAUGGGGGCCGCUACCAGGCCCGCUGGGAGCGAGGCUACGCCGUCGAGGGGAAGUACCUCUUCGCGGACGAGCUCCUGUACGAGGACAAGAACUGGCAGUACGUCUCCCAGGGCGACCGGCGCUUCUACACCGAGGUGAAGCAGGGCCUCCACCCCGCGGGGAAGACCCUGCUCACCAACGAGGCCACCCCGCCAUCCAUCCCGAAGGGCACUUACGACUACGGGAGCGGCUACUUCGACCCCAAGACCGAGCAGAUCAUGUCCUACGACGGGAAGGAGGUGUUGAGCUACGUGACCGAGCUGGAGGAACGCUGGAUCAAGGAGCAUUGCCGGAAGGGCUUCGAGGACGACCAGCUCCCCGGCAAACGCUCCCAGCUGCCUUCCGAGGCCGCGGCCGCGGCCGCGGCAGCGCAGGGCGCCGGCGUGAGCCAGCCGUAG